AUGGGAUUUUGGCAAGGUGUAACGGCAUGUUUGAAGGUUUUUGCACCAUUGGUGAGAGUACUUCGACUUGUUGAUUGUGAUAAGGAUCAAUGGGGUUUGUAUAUGGAUCCACAACUUCAUUUGGACGAAGUUGAAGGUGUUGGAGUUGUUGAUUUUUGUGAUAUUCUAUUCGUCAAUGAUUUUGACAUGCAAAAUAAGAUGUUAAGUGAAGAAUUACCAAAAUAUAAGAAGAAGGAGGGAAUGUUUGUAAGAAAUAUCACAAGCAAAGCAUGUGAGGUGAAUGAUGACAACUUUAAUCCCGAAAAUUGGUGGUCAACUUUUGGUGUCUCAACCCCUUUAUUGAGAAGAAUAGCCAUGAAGAUUCUUUCUUUAACAUCUAGUUCUUUUGGGUUUGAAAGAAAUUGGAACACGUUUGAAGGGAUACAUACAAAGAAGAGAAAUAGGCUUGAAUCAAAUCGUCUCAACAAUUUAGUUUUUGUCCAAUUUAAUGCUACUUUGGUGAACAAGAACAAACAAGAUAAAAAUAUUAAUAAAAAUGAAGCAUUACAACCCCGUAGAAGUGCUAAAUUGAGGGAUCUUGAUGAAGAUAACUUUGAAUCGGAAGGGGAAAGUGAGGAGGAAAUAAACAAAGUGGAAUGUGAAGAUGAUGGUCAACGUGUUAUUGGGCAAUAUGGAGAAAAUGAAGAAAUUGGCAAUGAUCCUAUUGUGUAA